AUGGAUUCUGGAAAAGUCCCCGUUAAACUCGCCAAGGUCAUCAAGGUUCUCGGCCGCACCGGCUCUCGUGGUGGUGUCACCCAGGUCCGCGUUGAGUUCAUGGACGAUACCUCUCGUUCGAUUAUCCGAAACGUCAAGGGCCCCGUCCGCGAGGAGGAUAUCUUGGCUUUGCUCGAGUCUGAACGUGAAGCACGAUAA